AUGUGGGAGGGCAGUCUGGGUGGGAGGGGAGCGGGUGGCAUGAGACAGGGAGCAUGUGUCAACUCGGUCGGAGUCCCGGGUUCAGCGGUGAGAGACUUCACCCCUUUCUGGUUUUCCGUGGAGCCCUUGGACACGCUGGCCGUGCGAGGGGUCCCUGCCGUGCUCAACUGCUCGGCCUAUAGCGAGCUUCCGUCACGCGUGGAGUGGAAGAAGGACGGGACUUUCCUCAAUUUGGCAGCCGACGACCGCCGUCAGCUUCUCCCCGACGGCUCGCUGUUCAUCACCACGGUAGUGCACUCAAAGCACAACAAACCUGAUGAGGGGGUGUACCAGUGUGUGGCCACCAUAGACAACCUGGGCACCAUCAGCAGCCGUACCGCACGGCUCACUGUUGCUGGCCUCCCUCGUUUCUCGAGUCAGCCGGAGGCUGUGUCUGUCCAGCCGGGAGACAGCGAGAUCCUGAGCUGUGACGUGAAUGCAGACAUGGCGCCCUUUACCCGCUGGGAGCGUAACAGACAGCCCGUGGAGUUGGACAACAGGGUGGUGCAGCUGCCCACUGCAGCCCUGGUGGUCAGCAACGCUACGCAGGCUGAUGUGGGCCAGUACCGCUGUGUGAUUGAGAAUCUGGGCCCGGCCAAGGCCAGCGAAGAGGCUGAGCUUCUGCUCUUACCAGACUCUACUGAUGAGAGGCGGUUGGAGAUUCUCCAAGGGCCAGUUGCCAUGACGAAAGUGGUGGGUGAGCAUGUGCUUCUGCCCUGCGUUGUAAAGGGCUACCCUUCUCCAUCUGUUCGCUGGAUGCUGGGAGAUCAGUUUAUUGACGAGAGCGAUGAACGAUUUGACGUGGUGGGUGGAGGCAGCCUACAGAUCUCGAACGUGACAGAAGAGGAUGCUGGGAUGUACACCUGUCAGGCCUCCAAUAGGAACGACACCGUUGAGGCUCAGGCAGAAUUAACCAUCCAAGGUCCUCCUCGUUUUCUGAAGAGACCUUCCAACAUAUAUGCCCACGAGUCCAUGGACAUUAUUUUUGAGUGUGACGUCGCUGGCUCCCCACCCCCCACUGUAAAAUGGGUAAAGAAUGGAGAUGCCGUCAUUCCCAGUGACUACUUCAAAAUAGUGAAGCAGCACAACCUGCAGGUUCUUGGCUUGGUCAAAUCUGAUGAAGGCUUUUACCAGUGUUUGGCCGAGAACGAGGCGGGAAACAUACAGGCUAGCGCUCAACUCAUCAUCCUGGACAUGGACGUUGCCCUCCCCACCCCCGCUGUCCCCUCACUGACUAGUGCCACUGCUGACCAUGUAGCGUCCGGCUUGGAGGACCAGAGCGGUCCGACGCCCUCCGCUCCUCGUGAUGUCGUGGCCUCGUUGGUGUCCACCCGCUUUAUCAAGCUGACCUGGCGCCAGCCAGCGGAGACGCAUGGAGAGAACAUCACCUACUCUGUCUUCUACAGCCUCGGGGACACCAAUAGAGAGCGCAUUGAAAACACGAGUCGACCGGGCGAGAUGCAAGUGACCAUUCAGAACCUGGUUCCGGACACCAAAUACACAUUCAGGGUGGUGGCCUCCAAUAGGAACGGACAGGGAGAAAGCUCCACCCCCCUCACCGUGGCCACCCAGCCUGAGGUUCAGGUGCCAGGACCUGCUCCCAACCUUCAGGUUUUGUCCGUAACCCCUACAUCCGUCACUCUGAGCUGGGAAAGGCCCUUGACUGGAAACGGCGAGAUCCAGACCUACAAAGUGUACUAUGUGGAGAGAGGCCAAGAGACUGAACAAGAUAUGGACGUGACAGGUUUGUCCUACACAAUGACGGGACUGAAGAAGUUCACAGUCUACAGCUUCAGGGUGGUGGCUUACAACAAACACGGCCCUGGUGUCUCCACUGAGGAUAUUACAGUUCGCACUCUGUCCGAUGUUCCAAGUGCUCCCCCACAGAAUCUCACUCUGGAAGUACAGAACUCAAAAAGCAUCAUGGUCCGGUGGCAGCCCCCGCCCGCCGGCAUGCAGAAUGGAGAGAUUACCGGGUAUAAGAUUCGCUACAGGAAGGUCGGGAGGAAGGGCGAGGCCGCGGAGGUCAUGAGUACCCAACUCUACCAGCUCAUCGAUGGUUUGGACCGUGGGACGGAGUACACAUUCCGUGUUUCGGCCAUCACAGUGAACGGCAGUGGGCCAGCUACAGAGUGGCUAGCCACAGAAACCUUUGAAAGCGAUUUGGAUGAGUCACGCGUGCCAGACGUGCCCAGCUCUCUACAUGUUCGGCCGUUGGUCAACAGCAUCGUGGUUAGCUGGACACCACCAGAGAACCAGGACAUUGUGGUAAGGGGCUACACCAUUGGAUAUGGAAUUGGUAGUCCCCACGCACAGACCAUCAAAGUGGAUUACAAGCAGCGCUAUUACACCAUAGAGAACCUGGACCCAAGCUCUCACUAUGUGAUCACCCUGAAGGCCUUUAACAACAUGGGAGAAGGAAUACCUGUGUACGAGAGCGCCAUCACCAGGCCGCAGUCGGACCCCAUUGACCCUGACGUUGAUCUGUAUGAACUCUUCCAUACUCCAUACACACCAGUACCCGACCCCUCUCCCAUGCUGCCUCCGGUGGGCGUGCAGGCCACCGUCCUCAGCCACGACACCAUCAAGGUCAUCUGGGCCGACAACUCCCUGCCCAAAAACCAGAAGAUCACCGACGCUCGCUAUUAUACCGUACGCUGGAAGACCAACAUCCCAGCCAACACCAAAUUCAAGAUGGCUAACACUACCACACUGAGCCACACUGUAACCGGUUUGAAACCUAACACACUGUACGAAUUCUCCGUCAUGGUGACAAAAGGGAGACGCAGCAGUACCUGGAGUAUGACUGCUCAUGGGACCACCUUUGAAACCAUCCCCAGCUCUGCGCCCAAGGACGUCACUGUGGUGAGUAAAGAAGGGAGACCGCGCACCAUCAAUAUAAACUGGCAGCCGCCUUCGGAGGCUAAUGGGAAGAUCACAGGCUAUAUAAUCUACUAUAGUACGGAUGUAAACGCGGAGGUCCAUGACUGGGUCAUUGAGCCUGUAGUGGGAAACAGACUAACCCAUCAGAUCCAGGAGCUCACCCUAGAUACCACCUAUUACUUCAAGAUCCAGGCACGCAACUCCAAAGGCAUGGGCCCCAUGUCAGAGGCCGUCCAGUUCCGGACACCCAAAGCUGAACCCUCUGACAAAAUGUCUAGCGAUCAAGCAGGAACCCCAGUAAAACCUGGUGGACGUGCUGUUUUUCCAGACCGUGAUUUGGGCUCCACCAUUGGUAAGCCAGGGAUCACAGGUAGCCAUGAGAAUCAUAUGCUACUUAUUGUCAUCAUCAUUUCUGUGGGAGCUAUCACCAUCAUCUUAGUUGUGGUUGGGGCCUUCCUCUGUACCCGCCGCACCAACUCUCACCAGAAGAAAAAACGAGCUGCCUGCAAAUCUACCAACGGCUCUCACAAAUACAAAAGCACCUCUAAAGACCUGAAGCCCCCAGACCUGUGGAUCCAUCACGAGAGACUGGAACUUAAACCCAUGGACAAAUCUCCUGACCCUAACCCAGUUAUGACAGACACGCCCAUCCCCCGCGCUGCCCAGGACAUCGGUCCCGCUGACAGCUCGGCGGAAAACCCAAGCCACCAGAGACGCAACUCAUACCGCGGCCAUGACACAGAGGACAGUGCGUCUACAAUGGCAGGAAGAAGAGGCGUUAGACCCAAAAUCACAAUGCCCUUUGAUUCACAGCCUCCACAACCUGUGAUAAGUGCCCAUCCCAUUCAUUCACUCGAUAACCAUCAUCAUCAUCACCACCACCAUUAUCAUUCUGGUCUGGUAGCGCCUCCACGUGGCUACCUCCAUCACCAGAUCAGCCUGAGGGCUCCUGCCACCCCCAACUCCCCUUUAGACAAAGGCAGCUCUGCAGAGUCGGUGAGGAACCCUGAACCUCCAUCAACCUCCACCCAGGCCAGCAGCUCCACAGAGCUUACUGAAGUGGAGGCAGUGACGGAGCUGGAACCCAGCUUCAGCCAGCCCCCGACGGCUCACGUCAGGCCCACCCAUCCACUGAAGAGCUUUGCUGUUCCUGCCAUCCCGGCCGUGUCUGCUCACAACCCCACAUACGAGUCUGCCCUCCCCAGCACACCUCUCCUCUCCCAGCCAGUUCCCACCGCCCAGUUGCACCCAGUAAAGACAGCCUCUAUCGGCACACUGAGCAGGGCCCGUGCUCCCGUGGCAGUAACGGUGCCCAGUGCCCCCGACGCACCCGAAAUGACCAAGAUGCUCCCAGAGGCAGAGACACCUUAUGAGACGGACGAGCUGUCUGAGGAGAUGGCCCACCUGGAGGGCUUAAUGAAGGACCUCAAUGCAAUUACCACAGCCUGA